CACGCGGCGAACGCUCCACGCUCCGAGGUCUCUGCCCUCCUCCGGCCAACCUGCACGCGUCACUGCGCCUACGCCGCGAGCGCACUUUACAUUCCAUACAAAAAAGAUUGAUUUUCAAAGUACAUGCUCGAAUUUACCCCAUAAUUCAAGAGUUCGGUAAGUUUUGGAAAACUUUUAAUGUGACCUAUUAUGGUACGUAGCAGUGUGUGAGGAACUUUUAUCAAUACAGCCUUUUACGAGCUGCCAACUUCGGGAGUUAAAUGUGAUGUGUGAAAUGUUGUGAAUUAUGGAGAUUUUAUGUUUGCAUAACGACGAAGUGAUUUUUGGCGUGCUUCAACGGAGAGGUGGAAGUUUGUGAAAAUUUAAAGGACCGAGGGUAGCGAGUGGUUGCUUGCUGGCACAACUCUAACGAACGCCUCCAUCAAAGAUAUUGGAGAUAACCAGGUGCAACGGGAAGGUCAUUAUGUGGGUCUUUCUACUCCUCGUCAUAGCUCCGCUGACCUUGGGGCAGCAACAAUGGGUACCCUGUUCAGAAUUGAACGACGACCUACGGUAUCCCUGCCGGUGUCGAGUGCAAGUGGACCGAGCUUUGCAGUUGAGGAUCUUAAUGAAUUGUGAUAGAGUUGUUUUCCCUGGAGAUUAUCCGGCUCUUCCGUAUGGAGCACCAAUUAUCUCCUUCACUCAGCGAUGGGCCGGCCAACAGACUCUGCCUACACAGAUUUUUUCAUCGUACGGCCUACCAUUGAAAGAAUUGGACUUCUCCCACAACUGUCUGCGGCGUCUACCAGAUCGUCUUCUAGCUGGUGUACGAGGCAACAUCACCAGAUUGGCGCUAGCUGAUAACCUGCUGGGAGACAACCUGAACCCCAUAUUCUCAACUGCUGAACUCCAUAAUCUGCCAUCAUUAGAACAAUUGGAUCUGAGUGGUAAUAGUAUCAGAGGAAUUGAAGAGGGUUUACUUAUUGGAUGUGAAGUUCUUAAGGUGUUACGGCUGGAUCGCAAUAACAUGAACUUUGUACCGUCUUCCUCGCUGAACGGGCCUCACGCUUUGAAGGUUCUUUCGCUUAGAGAGAAUAGAAUAGAUUUGAUCCGUCAAGCAUCGUUCGUAUCCCAAAAAACAUUAGAGGAGAUAGAUUUGCAUGGCAACAUGAUCUCGACGAUUGAAGGAGGAGCUUUCAUUGGUUUGAGUUCUCUGCAAAGUCUCGACCUUGGCCGGAACAGGCUCUCCAAGUUUAACAGCGACGUGUUUCAAGGAACUGAGAACUUGGAAAAGUUAGACCUUUCCGAAAAUUUCAUCACAGAUUUCCCCACUGUCGCACUCAAGUCGUUUGCAGCUCUAAAGCACUUGAAUCUAUCCAGCAACAUGAUCACGAAUAUUGACAACAGUCACCUAAGUUCGAUGGUGUCACUUCAAGUAUUGGAUCUCAGCAGGAAUAAUCUUGUAAAACUGUCACCAGGGACAUUUGUUGGCCUUACUGAAUUGAGUUAUUUAGAUGUUGGAGUUAAUUCUCUUCGCACUGUGGAAGAUGAUGCUUUUGAUGGUUUAACAAGUUUACGCACACUUCUUCUGCGAGACAACAACAUCCUCCUCAUUCCAGCUACUUCGCUAUCACGCCUUCCAAACUUAGUAUCUGUUCAUUUAGGAUUCAAUAGAGUUACUGCUUUGUCCAGCGAUAUUCUUAAAUCAGUUUCUGACAGAAUCACAUCUCUAGUUCUGUCUAGAAAUGUAAUAAGAGAACUACCACCAGCAGCUUUCAAUCACUUUAAGACAUUAAAUCACUUAGACUUAUCUGGGAAUUUAUUAAACUCCAUUUCUGCUGAAGUGUUUGAUGGACUCGAAUCAUCCCUUCAAUUUUUGUCCCUGAGUCAAAAUAGAAUAUUAGGUUUCACAGGAGAACAACUCAAGUUUAUUAAUCUUUGGUUUUUGGACAUUUCAGACAACCAACUAUCAGAAGUUCCAAGCAAUGCUUUUGAAACUAUCCCCAGUUUAUCCCACCUUAACAUGAGUAGAAGUGGGCAUAUCAGUGUUUUACCGCAAAAUGUUUUUCAACAUAACCAAGCAUUGUUGUCUAUUGAUUUGAGUUACUUAAGUUUGAAAGCCUUACCAGUAAAUUUGUUUUUGAGAACGCCUAACUUGGAGCAUAUUUAUCUGCAUAAUAACCAUUUAUCAGAAAUAUCCGAAAAUAGCUUCAAAAACCUCAAAAAUUUAACACACUUAGACCUGUCUUAUAAUAACAUCGUUAACAUCCGAGCACCUGCUUUUGUUAAUGUAAUGUCAAUUCAGUACUUGUCUUUAAAAGGUAACCAGCUUAAUGCUUUUAAAGGUGAAUUCUUUAACACGGGCACAAGUUUAGAAGUAAUUGACCUUUCCGAUAAUGCGUUAAGCUAUUUAUUCCCUUCCUCAUUUAAAAUUCACCCACGAUUACGUGAGAUUAUUCUCUCAAAAAACAAAUUUAACUUCUUCCCAUCUGAACUUAUAAGCACUUUACAAUAUCUUGAGCUCGUGGAUUUAUCUGGAAAUGCGCUGAAGAACGUUGAUGAACUUGACUUUGCUCGACUUCCAAAAUUAAGAACAAUUCUCUUGGCACGAAAUGAACUAGAAUCAAUUAGUGAAAUGGCAUUUCACAAUUCUACUCAAAUACAACACUUAGACUUGUCGCAUAAUAAAAUAGACCGUUUGGGAGACAGACUUUUUGAAGGUUUAAUUAGAUUGGAACUUUUGAAUUUGGCUGGAAACUUUUUGAAUGAAUUGUCGGAGAAUAUUUUUGAUCGGUCGAGGUUGCAUAUGUUGGAAAAGAUUAAUUUGAGCGAUAAUAUGUUCGAACACGCUCCUCUAAAAGCGUUACAAAAACAAUAUUUCUUUGUUUCUUCAGUAGAUUUAUCUAAAAAUAUGUUGAUUGAUAUUCCUGCGGAAGAUAGUGUCAUGGUUAACAUUAAGAAACUCGAUCUUUCUUUCAAUCCUUUGUCACAAAAGUCUGUUAAGAGUAUUCUAACUGAACCUAAAACUGUACGAGACUUAAAUCUUGCAGGAACUGGUAUAAGGGAUAUUGGUCAACUUGAGACUCCAUUUUUGCAUAGUCUGAACCUUUCUUACAACAACAUUACCAAACUGACCGAAAAGACUUUUGCAAGGACAACACUAUUGGAAUCAUUGGAUCUUUCCCAUAAUGAAAUAUCAGACGUAUCAGGCUCGUUAGCGAUUUCUUGGCCUAAACUUAAAAAUUUGCAACGUCUCAAUAUUUCUAGUAAUCCCAUUCCUGUGGUCGUUGAUGGUAAUUUUGAAGGCUUGUCAUCAUUGAGAGUUUUGGAUAUGAGGUAUCUGGACAUGUGCACUAGAAUAGAGAAAAAUGCAUUUAGGGCUUUGCCUAAUUUAGUAGAACUAAGAGCGUAUGGAUAUCCCCGACUUGGAUAUUUUGAUGUGCAGGGAGCUCUGCAAUAUCUACUAGCACUUGAAAAAUUAGACGUCGAAGUUAAAGACACCACAAUAGGGUCUGAUCAGUUGCAUUCAACAUUACAUCCUCGGCUUGAGGAAUUAGGGGUACGUGGAUUACGUUUAAAAACCGUGUCUGCUGGUAUAUUGGCUGGAUUGAAGUCGCCUGCUAUAACAGUGCGGUUCCGUAAUACGUCUAUCACAAGUUUACCUCCCGCGUUGUUGUUUCCACUUCCUAGAUCUUCUCAAAUUACAAUAGACGUAGCCGGUAGUCAACUCUCGACACUGCAGCCGCAGCUGCUUGUGGCUCUUGAUGACCGCCGAGCUGAUUUAUCAAUGUUUGGAUUGGAUACCAACCCGAUACGUUGUGAUUGUAAUGCAAGAGCUUUACGUAGAUGGCUUCCAAACGUUGGCAUAGAGGAUGUCCGCUGCGGUUCUCCAGAUCAUCUUUCCGGAUUUUUGCUUGUAGAAAUAGGCGACGACGAGUUAUCUUGUGACAAUAGACGCAGAACUACGCUGUCAUCUUCUUCGAGUAUUAUUACAACAACUCCACCCCCAAGACUCGUUCAUAGAACUUCGGCUGAACCUGAUAUAAUUUGGUCCGUUGCUCCAUCGCAUGAGAGACCAAAAGUGAAUGGUGAUCCUAAAGGAGCACCGGUUGUUGGUGUUGCAUCAUCCACAAACGAUGACAAUUUGAUUAUAGGAAUUGUAGGAGGAGUUGUAUUGUUCAUUGCUAUAUUAAUUGUAGCAAUAUGUAUUGUGCGAUUGAGGAUGUCGUCAACGUCUUAUAGAGGAGGUCCUCUCGCAAAUAGCCCUGCGGCUGCGGCGCCUUUAUGGGGUGCGGCAUGGCCAGGAUACGCGGCGACAUUGCCUCCGGCUUCGCUGUCGACUGCCACUUUGCCACAUAAGUUGCAAUCGGGUCCUGGAUCAGUGCGCUAUAUUGCACCUCCACCGCCGCCGGCACCAUACUUUAUCAGUUUGCCACCCCACGAUGAUAAAAUUUAUCGGUAGUACAUUCGCAUAAGUUUCUUAUAGUAUAAGCUUUCUUUGCCAGAAACCUUGUAAAUAGUAUUAUGACAAUGUAAGUUUGAAAUAAAUAACUAAAUCUUUUCUUGUGGAAUUUUAUAUCGUUGUAGAUAUUUUUUGAAACUAACUAUAGUUCAUGUCAAUAGCACCUUUAUCGAAUGGUGUUUAGUAACAUAGUACGCAGACAUGUCCGUUCAUUAAUGUUUCUACAUAUUGUUUCGCAAAUGCUCGGGCUAGGUUGAUUCAUCUAGUCACCAGUGACAGACUUUGCAGCAUUAUCUUAUUAAAACUUAAGUUGAUGAAAUAAAAAAGUUAUCGGUGCUUUGUUAUGGUGAAACAGUAUGAAUUUUGUAAUAUAUUUUAUUUAUUAUCCUAGUUUAAGUAUAAUAUGCG